UGCUCUCAGAUCAGAUUCAUGCUGGGGAAAAUCAGCUUUCAGCUUUUUGAAUCUUUUACUCCACAAAUGGAGAAACGACCUCAGUCAUUCACACUUUUAAUGCUUUUCACUAAAAUUAUAAUUGGGCUGUGACGUCAUCUCUAAGUAAAAAACGUUUAAAAAUAAACAGGACUUUAGUAUAACAGCUGGAAGUUUUAAUGAUCUCCAAACUGGAAAUGGAGCCUUCAUCAGCUUUGUGUUUGAAUCAGAAACAUUUCUGCACGUUUGUGUUUGUGCUCAAGUUUUACUAUGUGAGGAUCUGAGAGCACGGCUGAUGGUGGUGGUGUGGAUGAUGAUGGUGGUGGUGGUGGUGGAGUUGUUGCUGCUCCUGUCUGUUCAGCAUCUUCUUAAGUAAUUGAGGUGCUGCGUUGUCCCAGAGCUGCUCACAGCUCAUGAAGCACUGUGAGGAGCGUAGGCUGAUGAAGAUGAAGUCAGCGCUGGCAGUGGGAGUUCACAUCCUCUGCUUGAGUUUCAGCCUCGGCAACAGGGAAUCGUGGAGAGCUUCAGUGUUGAUAAUGCUGGUGUUGAUGGUGGUGGGUGUAGUGGUGGUGUUGAUGUCAGUGGUGGUGCUGGUGUUGAUGAUGGUGGUUGUGUUCAUGGUGGCUGUGUUUAUGAUGGUGUUGAUGGCUGAUCGUCAGGUUUCUGACACGAAGCAGCGUUUCCUCAGCAAGCCUGUCAGCGGUUUGUCUGCUCUGAUUUAGAGUCUGCGGUGAACUGAUUGAGGGAAAGAACAAGCAGACGCGUUAUGGCCUGCCGUUACAGAGCAGCGCAGUCACGUUUCCUCCCGAGGUGCGGCUCCAGCCUCAGACUCGAGCUCAAGUCGUCCGCUUCGCUGUAACCAGAUCGGCGGCACUCAUGGAGACGUCGAUACAGAGAGGCUUUGGUCUGCACGUCCCACCUCCGAUCAAUACAAACCUCAGAACGUUUCAAAGUCCGGCAGACAAACACUGAGCUAACAGAGAGAGGCGGGUAAAGUUCAGCAGCAGAGCUCAAAACUGGCCUCAGCUCCCUGUUACUGUAACUUCUGGGGGUCCAACAAGUUUUUAAUAACACUCAAAAUGGAUGAUUAAACACAAACACAAAGUCAGCAUGGCCUUCAGGUCAUACACUGUCCAUAAAAGAUGUACACAGACACUGGUUUCUGCACCUCACUGUUAAACACGUUUGUUUUUAAUUUAACCCUGGUCAUUCACAAUUCUUUAGGAUUUAACACAUAAAACGUGGAGAUUAUAAACUGAGCUCAAGCAGGAGCCAUUAAUAACAAGUAAAAAGUUUACAUCACAAAAAUAGAUCAAAUGAAUGAAUGUUUCAGGCUUGCUUGAGAUGUGUUUCACACUUAUUUCAGAUGUGUUUCAGAUAUUUACAGACAUGUUUCAGAUGUGUUCAGGCACAUUUUAGGUGUUUCAAGCUUGUUUCAGGCUUAUUUCAGAUGUGUUUCAUAAUUAUUUCCGAUGUGUUUCAGGCUUGUUUCAGGCUUGUUUCCAACAUUUUCAGAUGUGUUUCAGGCUUGUUUCAGACAUUUUCAGGUGUAUUUCGGGUGUGUUUCAGACAUUUUCAGGUGUAUUUCGGGUGUGUUUAAGGCUUGUUCCAGAUGUGUUUCAGACUUAUUUCAGAUGUGUUUCAGGCUUGUUCCAGAUGUGUUUCAGACUUAUUUCAGAUGUGUUUCAGGCUUGUUUCAGGUGUGUUUCAGACAUUUUCCUAUGUGGUUCAGGCUUGUUUCAGGCUUGUUUCCAACAUUUUCAGAUGUGUUUCAGGCUUGUUUCAGACAUUUUCACGUGUAUUUCGGGUGUGUUUCAGACAUUUUCAGGUGUAUUUCAGGUGUGUUUAAGGCUUGUUCCAGAUGUGUUUCAGACUUAUUUCAGAUGUGUUUCAGACAUUUUCCUAUGUGUUUCAGGCUUGUUUCAGGCUUGUUUCCAACAUUUUCAGAUGUGUUUCAGGCUUGUUUCCAACAUUUUCAGGUGUAUUUCGGGUGUGUUUCAGGCUUGUUCCAGAUGUGUUUCAGGCUUGUUUCAGAUGUGUUUCAGACAUUUUCCUAUGUGUUUCAGGCUUGUUUCAGGCUUGUUUCCAACAUUUUCAGUUGUGUUUCAGGCUUGUUUCAGACAUUUUCAGGUGUAUUUCGGGUAUGUUUCAGGCUUGUUCCAGAUGUGUUUCAGGCUUGUUUCAGGUGUGUUUCAAGCUUGUUUCAGAUGUGUUUUUAGAGUUGUUUCAGAUGUGUUUCAGGCUUGUUCCAGAUGUGUUUCAGACUUAUUUCCUAUGUGUUUCAGGCUUGAUUCUGGCUUGUUUCCAACAUUUUCAGAUGUGUUUCAGGCUUGUUUCAGACAUUUUCAGGUGUAUUUCGGGUGUGUUUCAGGCUUGUUCCAGAUCUGUUUCAGGCUUGUUUCAGAUGUGUUUCAGGCUUGUUUCAGGCUUGUUUCAGGUGUGUUUCAGGCUUGUUUCAGGUGUGUUUCAGGCUUGUUCCAGAUGUGUUUCAGGCUUGUUUCAGAUGUGUUUCAAGGUUGUUUCAGAUGUGUUUCAGGCUUGUUCCAGAUGUGUUUCAGGCUUGUUUCAGGUGUGUUUCAGAGUUGUUUCAGAUGUGUUUAAGGCUUGUUUCAGAUGUGUUUCAGACAUUUUCCUAUGUGUUUCAGGCUUGAUUCUGGCUUGUUUCCAACAUUUUCAGAUGUGUUUCAGGCUCGUUUCUGACAUUUUCAGGUGUAUUUCGGGUAUGUUUCAGGCUUGUUCCAGAUGUGUUUCAGGCUUGUUUCAGGUGUGUUUCAGGCCUGUUCCAGAUGUGUUUCAGGCUUGUUUCAGGUGUGUUUCAGGCUUGUUCCAGAUGUGUUUCAGGCUUGUUUCAGAUGUGUUUCUGACAUUUUAAUGCUUGUUUCAGGUGUGUUUCAGAUGUGUUUCAGGUGUGUUUCAGACAUUUUCAGACUUGUUUCAUGCUUGUUUGAGGCAGGUUUGUGUUUGCUGAGUGUUGCUGGAAGGUUUUGAAUUGAAGUUUGCAGCAGGCUCCAUGACUGACUUGCUCAGCUAUGAACACUGUGAGUAGUGUGAGAUGCUUGCUGCUCACAGAGAUCAGUGCUGCAGCUCAGUGCGCUCCUACUGCCAGCUUUUCAUUUCCUUCUACUGAACCUACUGACAAACUCCUGCAGCGGUCCAUCCAAUUACAGGAGCUCAGAGAAGUUUCUGAUGGUUAUCCGCUGUGUGCGAUACACACAACAGGCCCGUUCCUAUUUGCUGCAGUGGUGCCAACAGUUGGGAGGCUGUUGGAACAGCCGUCCACUUACUCUUUUCUGCGUGUCUGAGAGUGAACAGACAUCCGGAGCUCGUUUCAUUUUUCUGAAAUAUGAAGCUGGAAGGGGGACUCUGGUUGCACUCGAGAAAGGGUCAUUGUGCGGCGUGACCUGACAUGUGAUCUGAAUCCCAGAAUAUCUGAGGACGGGUUGGGUUCAUUGUCCUUUCUCCUGUCU